GCAGUGCGCAUUGCCGUGGUUCCCGGCGUUUCCUUAUAGAGAGAGGGAGUCAAUGGAGUCAAGUGAACACUAUGCCGUGGUUGCACUCAUAACUAAGUGUUGCUUUUUUGGGACGACAUCUGGCCGUGAAAACGGACACGUAUAUAGACGGCGUAUUUAUUAAUUAAUUAUAUUUUUAUCGCUUCUGCUUUUGGUUUCGGUUCUGUGUUUUUUUUAACCCUGGCAGAGACUCCUGUGUUUAAGGCCUUGUUUCGAAUAUAGCAGGCCCAGCUUUCCAGCCAAAUCAGUAGCUAGCUAGCUAGCUAGCUUAACUUAGCUUUGUACUCAACAACGGUAGCUGCUUUAAUUGGGAACUUAUCAGGCCGUGCAUUGGUAUUUAAGACUAAUAUGUCGGAUCAGAGUGCUGUGGUGAUGCAACAGAUUUUGGACCGGAGCUGCUGGGUGUGCUUCGCCACAGACGAGGACGAUCGCACGGCAGAGUGGGUCCGUCCCUGCCGAUGCCGUGGAUCCACCAAGUGGGUGCACCAGUCGUGCCUGCAGCGCUGGGUGGAUGAGAAGCAGCGGGGCAACAGCACCGCCCGUGUGGCGUGUCCGCAGUGCAACGCAGAGUACCUCAUCGUUUUCCCAAAGCUGGGUAGGCGGGGCUUCAUCCAUGGCCGAGACCAACUCCUUAAAUGGGGUCCUGUAGUCUAUGUCCUUGAUCUGGCCGACCGCCUCAUCUCGAAAGCGUGCCCCUUUGCCGCAGCUGGGAUCAUGGUGGGCUCCAUUUACUGGACCGCAGUCACUUACGGUGCUGUAACAGUCAUGCAGGUGGUGGGCCACAAGGAGGGCCUGGACGUCAUGGAGCGGGCUGACCCCCUCUUCCUUCUCAUCGGCCUGCCCACCAUCCCGGUCAUGCUCAUCCUGGGCAAGAUGAUUCGCUGGGAGGAUUACGUGCUGCGGCUGUGGCGCAAGUACUCCACCAAGCUGCAGAUCCUCAACAGCAUCUUUCCCGGGAUUGGCUGCCCCGUGCCUCGCAUCCCAGCCGAAGCGAGCCCCCUGGCCGACCACGUGUCGGCCACGCGUAUCCUGUGCGGUGCACUUGUCUUUCCCACCAUCGCUACCAUUGUGGGCAAGCUCAUGUUCAGCAGUGUCAAUUCCAAUCUACAGAGGACCAUUCUGGGUGGCAUAGCGUUCGUGGCCAUCAAAGGGGCGUUCAAGGUGUACUUCAAGCAGCAGCAGUACCUGCGGCAGGCCCACCGCAAGAUUCUCAACUUUCCUGAGCAAGAGGAGCCCUAGUGGGAGCUGGAUGAGCUGGGUGCAGACUGGCCCAGCUGUACAGACUGCUGAUCAGGAACGGCCCAUCCAUCCGCUGGUCCAGUGUCUCAUCUAUGGAAUUGCUGUAUGCUGCUGGUACCUUUAUGUAUAAGAUCAUUAUGAGUGCAUUUUAAAAACAAUAUCGGGGCUCAAAAGACACACAAUUUGGGAGACUUUUCUUUUUCCUAUGAAUGUGACUGCUGGAAUUGUUGGUGCUGCAUUUGAAAAGCCCGACACCAACUGUUAUGUAAGAUUUCCUUUUAAACUACAUAACCAGCACAUGUAGUAUUUUUUAAAGUUAGCUGGAUGGAAUGUGUCAUAGUUGGGGAUAAUUUUAUUCUAAAAUUUUAUGUUUUUGUGGUGGUCUGAGCUUUGGAGAUGGAUUAUGCCAUCUGUUGGUAUGUGUCCAAAACAUUUAAGGAACAUUUAGUGAAUUAUUCUGGAUCGUCGUCUCUCAGUGGUAAAAUGUAAACUUCUUUUGGUAGUUCUCAUGUUUAAAAUUGUUUUGGUCAUUUAGUGUGAUGCAAAGCACCUGCUCAAAUAACCGACCGGACAGAGAAGUCAUUGCUGGAUAGUUGGGUGAUGCUUGGAGGUGAAGAACAGCACAAAAACGGCCCCCAUUCUGGACUUUAUUCUUCAUUAGCUGAGCCCCAGACUUCACGCGUGACUGGAUUAACAAUAGUCAAGCCAUGUGACAGUACUGACAGUACUUUGUUAGUGUAGACACCCCAUAUAUAGCAGUAAGUCCGUGGCACUGCAAACAAAUUUUGGCCUUUUAAUUUUGGUUUUGUUAAACCACUCUCCACUGAAGUUUUGCAAUAUUUAUACAUAACUCACACGUAACACUAGGUUAAAUGAAAUGUUAGUAUUUGUUUCCUUAAGGUGUUUUUUUAUUUUCUUUGAUUUUGUAUACAGUACAUUUUUGCACAUGCCUUGAAGUGUUAAAAUCGAUCAUUGUUUUGCAGCCACCAGUCGUUGUUACAGAGAUUGUGGUUGUUCUAUGAUGGACACUCUGUGAUGGUAAAACACUGGAGCCAAGAACUCCACUCCCAGGAUUCUGCAACACAGUGCUUAGUCAUGUGCUUCAGCCCAGCAGUUUCAUGGGAUGAACCACUUGGACUUUUAUUGCCAUAUGAAAGGACGUUACCACAUAGAAAUGGGGUAACAUGCCGUACCCAUCUGCCAAUAGGUCUUUGCCGUUUUAGGCUGGCUUUUAGCUCCGCGGACAUUUAGAACACUGAGGAGUGGAAUAUCCUGGGUCAUUUCUGCAUUUUUGUGUAGACGACUCAAAUGGUGGCAACUAUUCCAGUUGUUGACCAUGAAGGUUCUGUGCAUAACGUCCAAUCUUCUCGUCUCCAUUCCAGCUGGAGGGAACUACUGGUUAGUGUUCUCUCUAUUCACAUAGUCAAGUUUUGAGAUUGAGCCAAAUAUCGAGGGAAAUUACUCUUAAUUUCCUAGUAGAAACAUCAGUAUACAUGGUCAAAAAUUUGUGAAAGAGAAAUUAAUUGAAUGAUCAAAUGCUUUUCAGCGCAUUAUGCAACAGAGGCCAUAUUUAUUAGUACUGUGCCUGACCGUAAUUCAGCUGGAGCUUAAUCUCGUAACCCCUUUGAUACCACAAAGGAAGGCGCUUCAUCGCAGGGCACUUUCUAUUGGCUAUGAUGGUGGUCUGUAGGUGGGGUCCUGUCUUCUAUGGCUCUGUCCCCCUGACACAAAUGGUUGUGGGUUUAAGUUGGUGCAGUGGUUUGUUUUUUUUAGCUCUGUAAACUGCAUCCUUUUGUUUAUACCAGCUCAGAUGCGCUGAAGUUAGUUCAUGCUCUUAAAAAUUGUGGUACCCUUGCUAUGUAAUUGAAAUGGUAUUUCUCACUGCACAGGGAUCUGCAAACAUGAACUUGUUUUGUGACUUAUGCCAAAUGUGAUAUUGUAAAAACAAAUGUAUUGAUUGUACAGAUUGCUUUUGAAUUUAUAGUUUUUGUUUAAUUGUGAAUAAAUGUAUUUUUCCACUGCUAAAUAAAUGGUAGUUUAGUGUGAAUCUC